ACACAAGGAGCAACGGUAGUUGGCGCAUGGCUAUGACCAUAAGGAAGCGAUGUUGGUUUAUUGAACUUGAAUCCGAAUUCGAAAACAUUUGCGAGAGUUGUUUUUGGUAUUUGGCAGCGGAAACGAAACACGUAAGACGCAAACUUUCUGGCCAUGCAAAGGGCAACUUUGAAUUUAAUCGAGAAACCGACGAGCAUCGCGAGAUCGCAAAUUUGACAAUCGCAAGAAGACUUGACGAAAGACAUGCUGAAUAACCUUCAACGAGCAUUUAAAUUUUCAUUCGGAUAGAAUUGAGGUUGAAGGAUGGCUGGUAACUUUUGGCACAGCUCGCAUCACCAGCAAUGGUUGUUGGACAAGCAAGACUUGGUCAGAGAAAGGCAGCACGAUCUGUCUGUUUUGACCGAAGAGGAGUACCAAAAGUUGUUUAUAUUUUUUGCUAAUUUAAUUCAGGUACUGGGUGAGCAGCUCAAGUUGAGGCAGCAAGUAAUCGCUACUGCUACCGUUUACUUUAAAAGAUUCUACGCCCGCAAUAGUGUCAAAUGCAUCGAUCCGUUAUUAUUGGCACCGACGUCUGUUUUCUUAGCCUCGAAAGUUGAAGAAUUUGGUAUUAUUUCUAAUACUAGACUGAUAACAACUUGUCAAACAGUUGUUAAAAACAAAUUUAACUAUGCUUAUUCGCAAGAAUUUCCAUAUAGAACGAAUCACAUAUUAGAAUGUGAAUUUUAUUUACUAGAGCAUCUUGAUUGUUGUUUGAUCGUUUACCAGCCCUAUCGACCAUUGUUGACAUUGAUUCAGGAUGUAGGUCCCGAUGAUCAAUUACUUACUUUAGCAUGGCGAAUUAUCAAUGACAGUCUACGCACCGACGUUUGUUUACUUUAUCCUCCUUAUCAAAUAGCAAUUGGUUGCCUACAAAUUGCGUGCGUGAUACUGCAAAAAGAUCUCAAAUCAUGGUUUGCUGAACUAAAUGCGGAUAUGGAAAAAAUUCAAGAAAUCGCUAGGUACAUAAUUAACUUAUACGAACUGUGGAAAACGUACGAUGAAAAAAAAGAGAUCCAAGCUUUAUUGAAUAAAAUGCCAAAACCAAAACCACAACGAUAAU